GUAACAUGGCCCCAAACCCUAUAGCAACACACCCUCCACGACUCGUAUCAUUACUAUUGUUAUUAUACUUUGCACGUCAUGAGUUCGAUGGCAAGAGACCAAAAUGAACAAAUAGUAAUCCAGUCUUCUAUCGCCUUGCUUCAAGAAAAAUUCAGACAACUUCAGAGAGCGCGAGAGUUAAGAGCUGAGCGAGAACUCCUUAACCCUAAACCUAACCACCAAGACACCAACAUCUUACAAUACUACAGCGAACCCUCGAGUUUUGGUUUCUUCCAGUUUCUACCUCUAAAGUGUCAAACAACCUCGUCGCAGAAGCUCCUCUCCCUCUCCUUAUGCCCUCACUCCACCUCUGAUCCCAUUGAAAAGCCUAGCCUUUGUCAUCAGUGGCCAAAUAAAGAAGACAAGGUGGUUGGGGUUGAUCGAUACGACGACGUUGAUACGUCUCUACGUCUCUGAACUCAUAAAAUAGCUCCUUCAUCUAUUUUGUCUUUUAAUUAUAAAUAUGUACGUAUAACCUUUUAUUUUUGGUUGGUAUGUUCUUUUGAGGAGUCUUGUAGGUGGUAAUGAUAUGUAUGGUUCAACGGCGAUCAUAUAUAUAGUAUUAAUUAUUUCG